AUGCCUGUUCCAUCCAAGCUUUUAGCUGUGGUGGCAGCCUCAAGUUUGAUCCCCGCGGUUUUUUCGCAGGCAAACACCUCAUAUGUCAAUUAUAACAUUGAGCCACAGCCAAGUCUCGAUACUCAAACCCUUGCGACAAUUAAUCUGGGCUUUCCGGACUGUGGAACUGGACCCCUCAAAGACACCUUGGUUUGCAAUUCAUCUGCAACCCCUCAUGAUCGCGCCGCAGCUCUGGUCUCUCUAUUCACCUUCGAGGAGCUAGUAAAUAGCACCGGAAAUGAUAUUCCGGCAAUUCCUCGCCUCGGAUUACCUCCAUACCAGGUUUGGAGUGAAGCGCUGCAUGGACUGGAUCGUGCCAAUUUUACCGACUCCGGUGACUAUAGUUGGGCCACAUCUUUCCCUUCUCCCAUCUUGUCCAUGGCCGCAUUGAACCGGACCUUGAUCAAUCAAAUCGCCGGAAUCAUUUCAACUCAAGGUCGUGCAUUCAAUAAUGUCGGUCGUUAUGGAUUGGACGUUUAUGCACCAAACAUCAAUAGUUUCCGCAGUCCCGUGUGGGGAAGAGGUCAAGAAACCCCAGGAGAGGAUGCUUACUUCCUUUGCUCAACAUAUGCGUAUGAGUACAUCACCGGAAUCCAGGGAGGGGUUGAUCCGGAGCAUCUGAAGCUCGUCGCUACUGCAAAGCAUUUCGCUGGAUAUGAUAUCGAAAACUGGCAUAACCACUCUCGUCUCGGCAAUGAUCUGAACAUUACCCAGCAGGAUCUGGCCGAGUACUUCAUGCCGCAAUUCUUGACUGCAGUUCGCGAUGCCCGAGUUCACAGUGUCAUGUCUUCCUACAAUGCAGUCAAUGGUGUCCCUAGCUCCUCAAACUCGUUCUUCCUGCAAACCCUUCUUCGCGACAGCUGGGACUUUGUGGAAGAUGGCUACGUGUCUUCUGACUGUGAUGCAGUUUACAAUGUAUGGAAUCCUCACGAGUAUGCUCACAACAUCACAAGCGCUGCAGCAGAUUCUAUGCGAGCAGGAACUGACAUUGAUUGUGGUACAUCCUACCAAUACUAUCUCAAUGACUCAUUCCUCCUGGGCGAUAUUUCACGAACUGAGAUCGAGCGUGGUGUAAUCAGGCUUUACGCAAACCUCGUUCGCUUGGGCUAUUUUGAAGGGAAUACCAGUGCAUACCGCGAUCUGGAUUGGUCGGAUGUCACCACGACCAAUGCUUGGAAUAUCUCGUACGAAGCUGCCGUGGAGAGCAUUGUUCUUCUGAAGAAUGACGGCUUUCUACCACUUUCGCAAAAGGUUCGCAGUGUUGCCCUCAUUGGACCUUGGGCGAAUGCCACAACCCAAAUGCAAGGCAACUAUUACGGCGAUGCUCCUUAUCUCAUUAGUCCCCUCGCAGCUCUCGAAGACUCGGAUCUGACUGUGAACUUCGCCUUGGGCACCAACAUUUCCUCCGAAUCGACUGCCGGAUUUGCGGAUGCGAUUGUUGCAGCAAAGAAAUCAGAUGUUAUCAUCUUUGCUGGUGGCAUUGACAACACCAUUGAGGCGGAAGGAAUGGACCGAGAGAGUAUUGCCUGGCCUGGUAAUCAACUUGAGUUGAUCAAGGAGCUGAGUACCGUGGGCAAGCCGCUUGUCGUUCUGCAAAUGGGUGGUGGUCAGGUUGAUUCUUCCUCACUCAAGGCAAACAAGAAUGUUAAUUCUCUCAUCUGGGGUGGAUACCCAGGACAGUCAGGAGGACAAGCCCUUUUGGACAUCAUCAGUGGCAAGCGAGCUCCGGCUGGUCGCCUCACCGCUACACAAUACCCAGCUGAGUAUGCUUUGCAGUUCCCAGCUAUUGAUAUGUACUUGCGUCCCCAGGGAGACAACCCUGGUCAGACGUAUAUCUGGUACACUGGAACUCCGGUAUACGAGUUUGGACAUGGAGAGUUCUAUACAACAUUCAAGCCAUCUCUUUCCAGCUCAGAUGUCCCUUUCAAUGAGUCCUUCUCGAUUGUCGAUCUCCUAUCACAGCCUCACUCCGGCUACAAUGCGGUUGAGCAAGUGCCCUUCCUCAACUUUACCGUCAGUGUCGAGAACACAGGAAGCGUUGUGUCCGAUUAUACUGCCAUGGUAUUUGUCAACACAACAGCUGGACCGAAGCCGUACCCCAACAAAUGGCUUGUUGGAUUUGACCGUCUUGGAUCUGUCGAGCCUGACCAUGCCCAGUCGAUGGUCAUUCCCGUCUCACUUGACAAUCUCGCACGUACAGACAGCCUUGGAAACCGUGUUGUCUACCCUGGAAAGUAUGAGCUGGCACUGAACAAUGAACGAUCGAUUGUGUUGGCUUUUACCUUGACGGGUGAUGCGACGACCAUUGCGAAAUGGCCAUUGGAUGAGCAGCAGAUUCCCGCUGCAUGA